GCGAAGUCACGAUCAGCGAUAAAUCUCGACGCGCUGGCCGAAUUUCGAAGUCGAAUAUCUCUGGCCGAAGAUCUCUGAAUCUGUUCCCACGAGUUUUGUUUAGGUUUAUUUAGUUCACGGUGUUUUCCGUUUAGAUAUCGAUUUGAAUAUUUGAAUUUAGAACCUUGGCUGCAAUGAAGAUGAAAUUUUCUCUACUCUUGAACUUGACGUAUAUGUAGCUUGGUUUGUUUUCUUUUGAAUAAAAUUACAUCGCAUUGCAGCUACAAAUACCUUGUUUACAACUUGAAUUUAAGGCUAACAAAACAUUUCAUCUUCAAGCCAUAACGUAACCAACUUGAACAUUAAGCUUUUCUUUCCUUUUCCUUGUUUCAUUGAUGUAAAUAAAGUAAGUUAGCAGUUAUUCAUCAUGAGCAAGCAAGAAGACCAGGCUUCGAGAUUCCCGCUGGAUAUGACGAAAGAAAUACGAACGACUAAACAAGAUCGAACCAACGCAAAACGAAAAUUUACGAGAAAAACUAUUGGUUUUCAUGACAUGAUCGAAAACGAUUGCCCAUUUAUUGCUAUUAAGGAUAAAUUCGAAGAUAUCAAAGAUGCAUAUCGGCAAGUUUAAAAAUGCAAUGAUCUGGUCAACGCUGCGAUAAACGAAACGGGACCACACCAUUUAAUAGACAAAUUAUUAGAUGAAUGUGAUGAAUAUAUGAUGGGUGUUGAGGCAAGCAUGGAUGAAAUUCGAACAAAAUUUGCCAUCAAGACAAAGGCUGAAAACGUUAAAAUUUCAGAAAUUCACGUUAAACCUUUAGAUGCACCGCGUUUCUCGGGAAAUAUCAGACAAUAUACAAGUUUCAAGCAGGAUUAUCUUCGACUAAUGACCAAACAGUUCGGUAAGGAUUCUUAUGCACUUCGACAAUGCUUGUCAGGAGCUGCGCUGGAGACAGUGAAAGGCGUAGAAGAUGAUUACGAAGAGAUGUUUCGGAGGUUAGAUCUAAAAUAUGGAGAGACGAGAAAAUUAGUCGAUUCGAUUAUACUUGAUAUCAAAAGACUGAAGCCCAUUCCAGAAGGCGAAAACAAAAGGUUUGUUUCCAUGGUAGAAGUGGUAGAGCGCAGUUGGAUGGAACUUCAAAGAUUGGGCAUGUCUCAAGAAAUGGACACGACCACAAUGGUCACCAUGGUCGAAAAAUUACUGCCAAGAACUCAAAAGCGGGAAUGGGUAACAAAAAUGGAAGAACUGAAAAACAGCAGUGAAAAUUGUGAUUCUACCUUUCGUACUUUACUAUCCUAUUUAAUACAAGAAAAAAGGGUCAUCGAAUAUAUGGACGACGACGUCCGAACUUAUACCGGUACAAAUUCAAAAUAUGUAAAUCCAGCAAUAAAUAGUCUUCAAGUCGAUUCGAGCGACUCGAUAUCUGCCGAUACGAAUUUCGAUACGACAACCGAUGCAUCGCAAACAGAUGUUGUGAAAAUAUGCAACCAAAUUCAAAACAUGACUGACCGAAUGGAAACUCUGUUAAAAAACCCAAGCACGAGGAAAUUUACAGGUAGCAAAAAGAAGAAUAACAUAGAUAUCGAGAAUAGUCGCUGCUGGAUCCACAAAACGGAUUUUCACUCAAUUUUCAAAUGCAACGCUUUCCUCAAUUCCACUCGCGAAGACAAAUUGUGUACUCUACGACAAAAUGGAGCAUGCUUCAAUUGUCUUCAACAGGGACAUAUAGCCUCAUCAUGCCCAUACGAAAAUCAAUGUGAAAAACGGAAUCAUUUGAAUGAAAAAUGUGGAAAACGUCACCACUCGUGUCUGCAUUUUGAACGGCCUCCAAACGAAAACAACGCGUCCAUACAUUCAACUAGAAAUAACAAGCGAAAAUCAAUGCUCGCGGUGAGCGGUGUUAUUUGCAAGGACAAACGGCUGACAGUGUUAUGGGAUUCAGGCGCCAAUAUAUCUUUGAUUACACAUAAGGCUGCAUCCCGGUUAAAUUUAUGCAGUGAAGAAGUUGAACUUUCAAUUACAAAAGUGGGAAACCAGGUACAAGCCUUCAACACGAAACGAUAUAUUGUUCCUCUUAUAGACACGGACGAUAAAUGCUGGCAGGUCCAUGCAUAUGGUAUCGAAGACAUUACGUCUGACAUCGAGCAAUGUGAUCUGUCUUCCUUGUCAUCAAUUUUUAACGAACCAAAGGUGCAAGAAAUCGAAAGGCCGCACGGAAGAGUUGACAUGCUGAUCGGCAUCGACUGCUGUGUGCUGAUGCCAGACGUAGUCGAAACGGUGGGCAGUCUACAGCUUCUUAAAAAUCAGUUUGGUUACUGUAUUCGCGGUUGCUACGAUCCAAUGGAUAGUACUUCAACGCCCAAGACACAAUCAGUGGAUAUUGGUUGCGGGAUAGUCGUGUCCGAUAUUAGCAAUAUGAGAGCCGAAUCAAUGACAAGCUUAACACAGAAAUUAGACGAGUAUUUUGUCAUUGAAAAUCUUGGCACACAUUGUACACCACGCUGCGGCGGAUACAAAUGCGGCAAAUGUGCAAUGGGUAGUAGCAGUUACACCUUGCAAGAGGAACGAGAACUGACGCUCAUUAAGAAUGGCUUAACAUAUGACCCGGAGCAACGCAAAUUUACCGUUCAUUAUCCCUGGAUCAGGGAUCCGAUGAAACUUCCCAACAAUGUUAAGGCCGCUGAAGCAAAAUUAAGAGCCACUGAAAGAAGGCUGAUCAAGAUUGGCGCUCCACACGCAGAAGCAUACAAUGAUCAAAUGCAAGACAUGCUUAGACGACAGGUAGCCAGAAAAUUGUCGGAGAAGGAAAUAGCAAGUUAUGAAGGACCGGUUCAUUAUUUGCAUCACCACGAAAUACUCAGGCCAGAUUCUGCGUCGACUCCAUUGAGGAUUGUAUUCAAUUCCUCAGCGUCUUUUAUGGGCCAUGUCCUCAACGACUAUUGGGCGAAAGGUCCGGAUGUGAUAAAUAACCUACUGGGUAUUUUGCUGCGUUUUAGAGAAGAACAGGUUGGAUUGGUUGCUGAUAUAAGCAAAAUGUAUAACUCCAUCAAACUGGCUGAAAUGGACCAACAUGUACAUCGCUUCUUGUGGCGCAAUAUGGACAUCCAUCAAGAACCUGACCAUCAUAUCUUAUUAGCUGUUGCGUUUGGAGAUAGACCCAGCGGAACUAUCUCAAUGGUUGCUCUAAAAUCAAUCGCCGAAAUGCACAGAGACGAAUCAGAAGAAGCUGCUGAAAUGAUAAUCAAGAACAGUUACGUUGAUGACUUGAUUCAAUCAGUUCCAAGCGUGGAGAUGGCACUGCACUUAGCUGAAAACGUGCAAAAUAUACUGCACAAGGGAGGUUUUGAGAUCAAACACUGGAUAAUGUCCGGAGAUGAUACUGGGGGCAUCUGUCCCAGCAUCCAAAUCUUAAGCAUUGACAAAGAGAAGAUACUCGGCAUGUGUUGGGUACCAAAGGGCGAUCACUUUUUGUUCCAAGUCAGAAUAAACUUUUCUGUGUCGAAGUGGAACAAAGUGUCAGCCACUCCCGAUUUAACAGAAUCGAACAUCGAUGCUAUUUUCCCUUUACGGCUUACCCGGCGAAUGGUAUUGAGCCAGGCGGCACGCCUAUACGAUCCAUUCGGGUUGAUCAUACCAGUUACGUUGAAAGGAAAAAUUCUCUUGCGAAAUUUGGUCACACGACAGAGAACUGAAAAUCAAGACGGCUCUUCAGCGAUUGGAUGGGAUGAUCCUAUAUCAGAUCAAGACAGGAUGGAUUGGAAGUUCUUUUUUCUGGAACUACUCAAGUUGCAAGAUGUGACAUUCUCUCGUUGUUUGAACCAAAGGAAGCGAAAGGAGACCCAAUAUUAAUCAUAUUUUCGGAUGCCAGUAUGCAUGCCUACGGGGCAUGCGCCUACGCCCGAUGGGAGCUCGAAACGGGCCACUUUGAGGCUCGACUCAUCGCAGCAAAAAAUCGGAUAGCUCCAACAAGACAGCUGACUGUUCCUCGAUUGGAGCUUUGUGGGGCAGUUCUUGGAUGCCGACUACGAGAAGCCAUUCAGAAGGAAAUGAAUUACAAGUACGAAAAAGUAUUUCACAUUGUCGACUCAGCGAUAGUGCGAACGCAAAUUCAAAAGGAGUCAUACGGUUUUGGAUCAUUUGUUGCGACAAGAAUAGCAGAAAUACAAAAUAAGUCCGAUCCCAAUGAAUGGUGGUGGAUCGGCACAGGCGAUAAUCCUGCCGACAUGGUGACCAGAAUUGCCAGCCCGACACAAAUCGGGGCCAAUUCUAUUUGGCAGCGAGGACCGCAAUUCUUCGAUCUUCCGGUAGAGAAGUGGCCGAUCAGCCAAGAGUUUCACCAACAGGAGAAUGAGUUACCAGAUAGAAUACGAGUACACAUUGCGCAAGGAAAACAAGGAGAUGACGCGGGCGAUGUCAGCGGGUCGAUAAAUUUGGACAAUUUCAACAGUUACGUCAAGUUACUGCGAGUUACUGCUCGCAUUAGUCAAUGCGCAGAAGAAAAAAACUUUGAAGGCGAUAGGACGACCACUGACGGCCCAACAGCUGUCGGAUGCUGAAAUACUAUGGAUCAAACAGGCUCAAAAACAGUUGUUAGAAAUAGACUGGAAAGCCCGAUUUAAACGAUUGGGACCAAGCCUAAAUGAUAUAGGCAUGAUUGUCGUUGGACAGAGAAUGUCAAAAUGGCUCAAGGAAAACUGGAACACGGAUUCAUUCAUUCUCCUGCCCAGUGAUCAUCGGUUCACGAAGCUUUACAUCCUUCACGUGCACAAUGAAACUCAUGCUGGCGUUGAAGCAACUUUGGCUGCAGUUCAAAGUAAAUUUUGGGUACCAGGAUCGCGCAGAAUCAUUGAUAGCAUAGUAUCUGCGUUAUUCUCGGUUUUGUCGAAGAAAGAAUA